CAGCUUCAGCACUGAGACUUUCUUGUUAAGCCAUAGCGAGCCGCUAUGCGGAACCCUAGGCAAGUCUUUGUGCCUGCUGAUGAAAACGCUCUGCUACGAUUGGAGGCAAACUAUCAGAGAGCUGGCCUGUGGGAAAAAGCACCGCCCUUGGAAACUGAACAGUAACGGCACAGUGAAAGCAGGGGAGUUUUAAGGGGAGCUGCAAGAAGAGAUGCUUCUCUGAACUAUGCUGGGGCCCAUGGAAGACAAAUGGAUGUUGCCAGGAGGUGGGAACACUAUUCCUAGAGAGCCCCACCAAGAGCACAUCGCUGCAGGAGGAGCUCAGACCCAAUGAAGGCCAGAAGGCACCCGCAGGUCUUGGCCAUGUCAAACACACACUACGUGUUGCUGCUUUUCCUGGGAUCCUGCCUUGGGGUGGAAAUCAUAGAAAGAAAACUUGCAGCAGAAGGAUCCUCUGUGAUGAUGCAUGCACCAGCAAUCAGCAAUACGAACAUCACAGAGUGGGAAUACAUAGAGGGCAACACACCCAAGUUCAUCUUGCAGUACUACGCCAACUCACAGUCUGCAGUCGUUUACACAGCAUACAGAGACAGAGUGGUUUUCUACCAAACAAAUGGCUCAAUUCUCCUGCAGCAGCUGCGGGAGGCAGACAGUGGCCUCUAUAAAGCAACAGUUGACCUGAUGCAGGACAGGGCUAGGACAACUAUCCUGGAAGUAAUCAAGCCUGUACCCCAGCCCAAACUCCUGAAGAGCUCAAACCUGAACAGCUCUCUCAUCAAGCUGAUCUGCCUGCUGCCCAAUGGAACCGUGGCUGCUGUCUCUUGGAAGAAGGAUGGACAUUCCCUUACCCCACAAAAUUAUUAUCAGCUCACUCAGAACUCCACUGAGUUGUGGAUAAGGAAGGGAGACAAGUCGAACUGCGGCUCCUACUCCUGCAACGUCAGCAAUGCCGUAAGCUGGGAAGAGGCAACCUUCAACCUCAUGAUGGCAGGUCUCUCGCCUCCUCUCCAAGUUGCACUGAGGACGACAGUGGCUGCACUGGCUCUCACUGUCAUCACUGCCAUCGGCUUUGUCAUCUGGCUCCUGCAGCCGGGGAAGCACAGACUUGGAAAAGAAGCACGGACAUGGCUAACUCUACCCAUCAAGGGGCUGCUGGGCAUCUCUUGUCUUCUCCUGUUUGUCACCUCUGUCAUCUGGAUGCAGGAAGAAGGUCCUUCUGCUGCCUUCAUCCUACAUGGGCUUUGCUUCCUUGCUGCAGUCAUGACUGUGGUGCUGAUCACCAUGAUCUCUCAGUGCAGACCAGAAGCACUCCCCCAGUGCCCAGCCCAGACCUGCCAUCAUGUCAUCCUGUGCAGUACAGCCAUGACACUGGCAGUCAACUUGUCAUUCUCCUGCCUCUUGCUCCACAACUUCCAGCAGGUCCAUGAGCGUGGCUGCUCAGAACCUGUCAGUGUGAUUGCCAGCUGCGUCCUUGCUGUCCUGGCAGCUCUCCUGCUGUUCUCCCUCUUCUAUUACAAGAAGAAGACGGAUGCCAGCAAACAGACCACAAGCACCCAAGGGAAAGAAGAAGAACGUGAACAGAACCAAGACAAGGAGAGCAAACAUUCCCUUCGCCAUCCUGGAGAUGACAUCACACAGGAGCCAGGCUAAAAAAAAGGAUGUAAGGCACCGCAAGCUCUGUCUGUUUUCCAGCAGAGUUUGGGGCAAAAAUUCAGCCAAAAUGUCAAAAAAAAAAAAAAAAAAAAGUUACACAUUCCAGACUUAGCUGUGGACAGUUCUGAGAAGUUCUGUUCAACUGUCCCAGCUGUGAUGUAUUGCUACUAUUUGUCAGAUAAGAGCAGUACUGGCCCAGCCAAUACCUUCUGGCUGCAGAAGAUUCCUGUCUGUUUUGCUUUUAGCACAGCUUCUGAGAAUUUCCACUUCCUGAACUGCUUUCUUGCUGUCUCCUUAUAUGGUGCCUUAUAGCUGUCGCUGCUGUGCUCUCAGGCCUCAAGUCUUUAUACGGCUUUUAAAGCAUUCCAGACCUCAAGUGCCCUGAGUUGAUUUCCAUUCCACUGAGCCAGCCUUGUCCCACCUUGUCCCACUGCUUAUCAGUGUGCAGUGGGCACUGUGGGCUGAUGCCAGGACAAGGCGAGGGCGCCGUGCAGUGCUGACACAAGUUAUGCCAAAUAACUGUGUGCCUUCUGUUACACUGGCUAAGGAUGGUUCUGUGAACAGUGAAAAAUAUGCAGAUUUGCCUUCAGUUUUGAAAAAGAAAUUUGAGAAUAGGCUUCAAGAUUGCAAAAAAAUUUAUCAACUUACGUUUGAAACUCCAGUUUCAGUCGACAUGAAUUCAUUAGCUGUGAAUUUUUAAAUGCAGUGCGUUGAGUUGUGAUCAGACAUUCAACUUAAAAAUCUGAUCAUGUCUCUUAACCAGAUUUUCAGAAGCCUUUUCUUACCAGAGAGAAAUACUCCUCAGUUCACAGUCAUGUCUUUUUUAUGUUACUGCUUGGUGAUACACACAUUUGUGAAAGAAUAUUGUCAAGAAGAGUCAAAAACUUCCUUGCAUGGGAAGAGUAAGAUUUAAUCUCUGAUGAACACUUUGAGAACUCACUAAGAAUUGCAACCACUGCCACUGAAGCAACCUGAUGCAUCAGUUUCACAAAAACAAGGUCAUAUAUCCCACUAAUUUUGUGGUUUUAUUGCUCACUUUUUUAAAAGAUGUUUUAAUUUUUAAUUUUUAAAAAGUAAAUUUUGUUACUUAUAUACAGUAGCUGUAUUAUUUACUUACUCUGACAACAAUGCCACCUAUUUUAUGAUGUUGGCCUGUGAUGUUAGAGGCAGAUGUUUGUAGGAUAGCAGUAGAAGCUGAACCUUCCCACCAGUAUUCUGUUACAUGUUGCUGUGUGACAGAUGGCAGGAGAGGGCAGUGUGACCAAAUGGUGUCUGACACGGAAGGGCAUAGGACCAAAGAUGUGGAAAAAAUGGUAACUAUUGACAUUCAGCACCUGGUAAACGUUUGUGGAGACCAAUCAGUGUAUGUGAGCACAGUAAGGAGGUGGGUGGUGCAUUGUGACAGUGCAGUGGGUCACCUCCACUGGUGUACAUUUUGACAAGCAGGGCAUGCAGGCUUUUGUUCAUUACUGGUAAAAAAGCAUAGCUAAUGGUGGUAACUAUGAUGAAAAAGAAUGCUUUCUAGCUGGUAAUUUUAUCUAUCAAAUAUUGCUUUUGUGCUCAGUUUAUCAGUUGCAGUUUCCAUGAAAAUACAUGAGAAGUACCUUUAGAUA